GAGGAAUUGGCUUAAAGGAACAGGACUGCAUGAACAAUUUGAUAUUGAACUUUAGAAGGGCAUUAGUGUUGUACAGCCAUAAAGGUUUUUAGAGUGUUCAGAUCGUCCACCGUUUGUCAUAUCCUCAGAUUCUGAGGGUCAGUGACCUUGGCUCGGAGCAUUUCUGUGACUAUUCCAUCUACAGUAUAUUUAUCAGCUGGGCUAAGAGAGGAGAUAUUGGGAAGACUCAGAGGUGAAAAGCAGGGAGCUUACAUCACAGUGUGAGGACAGUGUCUCGGACCACACGUCCUCCAGCAAACACUGCAACUGUCACACAGCUGGCUUUAACCAGGCCAGUCAUUACAUUUGACCCCACUUUACCGUCCCAGGUGUGGGGAGCCAUUUAGUCACGACAGACAGACAUUACUGAGAUCCUCCCGCCCUUCUCAAGAGAAAACAUCAUCUUUAUAUUCACACCUGUUACCAAACCCCAGCAGAAUUCUUCAUUAUACUUUUCAUUUUGUAUUCAAUGACCAAACCCUCUCUCAUGGGAGUAACAUAGAGACCAGCCCAGCACAGACGCUCUCUGCACUCUUUCUCUCUCGCAUUCACACACUCACUCACACACACUCAUCUGCACCGUGUUCAGGAUGCCCUCCUCCUCCAGCGUGAUUAGCUGGGGAAGGACUUGGCUCUUGUGGUGAUUGGAGUGGGGAGCGGAGCGGAGCUGGACCCAUGUCGUGGAAGCGGAACUACUUUGCUUCAGGCAGCAGCGGGCUGCAGGGGAUGUUUAACCCACGCACCAUGACCUCCAUCGCUCCCAGCAAAGGCCUGAGCAAUGAGCCGGGUCAGAACAGCUGCUUCCUAAACAGCGCACUGCAGGUCCUUUGGCAUCUCGACAUUUUCCGCCGAAGCUUCCGGCAACUGAACACCCACAAGUGCAUGGAGGACUCGUGCAUCUUCUGCGCUCUGAAGAGCAUCUUUGCCCAGUUCCAGUUCAGCAGUGAGAAGGUGCUCCCAUCGGACGCUCUGCGCAGCGCUCUGGCCAAAACCUUCCAAGACGAGCAGCGCUUCCAGCUGGGCAUCAUGGACGACGCGGCCGAGUGUUUCGAGAACCUUCUGAUGCGGAUCCACUUCCACAUCUCGGAUGAGACCAAGGAGGACAUCUGCACAGCCAAGCACUGUAUCCCACAUCAGAAGUUUGCCAUGACACUUUUCGAACAGUGUGUUUGUAAUAAUUGUGGAGCCACAUCGGAUCCUCUCCCCUUCAUUCAGAUGGUGCACUACAUCUCCACCACCUCUCUCUGUAACCAAGCUGUGCGAAUGCUGGAAUGUAAGGAGAAGCCCACGCCUGACAUGUUUGGAGAGCUUCUCCGUAAUGCCAGCACCAUGGGUGACCUGCGAAACUGUCCGAGUAACUGUGGCGAGAUGUUGCGGAUUCGGCGGGUUCUGAUGAACUGCCCGGAGAUCAUCAGCAUCGGCCUGGUGUGGGACUCAGAUCACUCUGAUCUAGCCGAAGACGUCAUCCACAGCCUGGGCACGUGCCUGCGGUUGGGUGAUCUGUUCUACCGUGUGACCGAUGAGAGGGCCAAACAAUCGGAGCUCUACCUUGUGGGCAUGGUUUGCUACUACGGCAAGCAUUACUCCACCUUCUUCUUUCAGACUAAGAUACGCAAGUGGAUGUACUUUGAUGACGCACAUGUGAAAGAGAUUGGACCUAAGUGGAAGGAUGUGGUGUCGAGAUGUAUAAAAGGCCACUACCAGCCACUUCUGCUGCUGUACGCUGACCCCCGAGGGACGCCCGUGUCAUCGCAAGACAUGCUGGCAGCACAGCUGGACCUGCAUCACAGCAGCAAGGCCGGCUAUGACAGCGAAGACUCCGGGAGGGAGCCCUCAAUUGCAAGUGACACACGCACAGACUCUUCCACCGACAGCUACAGCUACAAGCACUCUCGAUCACACCAUGAGUCCAUGGCCUCCCAUUUCUCUUCUGACUCUCAGGGAACUGUGGUGUGUAAUCAGGACAGCAGCGGUUCCCAGAACAGCAUGGACACUGCAGGGGAGGUUCUUAAAGACCAGGCCACUCCCCUUUGUACGCCAAGGCCCUCUUCUACUGGCCGUCUGCAGGACUAUAAAGAGACUGUGAAUAUGAUCCACAGCAGACCACUCUCUUCCUCCUCGAGCUCAGGAGUGGGCGGCUCAGAGGCUGGGGCCCGGGCGAGAGAUUGGGAAGACGAGAGCACCAGCAGCGAGUCCAAGUCCAGCUCCAGUGGAGGGCGCUAUCGCCCCACAUGGAGACCUAGAAGAGAGGCCCUGAACAUUGACAGUAUCUUCAGCAGGGAAAAGCAUCGGCCAGCCGGCUACGCCACGCUCGGACCUUCCCCGCUGCCUGAAGACCCGAUGUCACCAGGGCACAGUCAGCUGGUCUCAGGGGCUGCGGCGGAGGGGUCCAACAUUGCAGCAGCAGAGAUGACUGAUGGCUCAGGGGGUGUGCCAGAAGCGGAAGUGGAGCAUCUACCAAUCCCACCACCUUUAAGAGGUGUGGAACAGCAGCCUCGGCUGAUACAGAGGAUGGAGAGUGGCUAUGAAAGUAGUGAGAGGAACAGCAACAGCCCCAUCAGCAUGGACAUGCCACUCAGCGACAACCCAAGCACCAGUGCUCACAGGGACAGCGGCAGUAAGAGACCCGUGACUUCUGGGCCCUCCUGGCGCACAGUGCCCAAAUCCAAAAGCAGCAGUGCCAUCCUGCAAGACCUCAGAUCACCCACCUGGAGCAGCAGUCCACUGAGUUUGGGAGAGGGGCGCAGCGAGCUGGAUGAAUUGCAAGAGGAAGUUGCUCGCAGGGCCAUGCAGCAGGAGCUCCAGAGAAAGAAGGAGAAGGAGAGAGAAGCAGCACAGGGCUUCAACCCCAGACCCAGCAAGUUCAUGGACCUGGACGAACUUCAGCACCAGGGGAAGGGGGGCAGUUUUGAGCACUGCCUGGCGGAGGCUGACUCUCUCUUAGAGCAGUCACUGCGCCUGGAGCAAGCUGGGGAUACAGCUACAGCCCUGGCGCUCUCCCACCAUGCUGUGUCUAAACUAAGAUUUUCCAUGCAUGAGGGCAGUGCUAACACUCAUAGCAGGACUAUGGCUGCUGACGCCAAGCUGCAAAAAUGCAUGAGGAGAGCGCGGGGCCUACAGCAGCGCAUGCAGCAACAGCAAGAGCAGCAGCAGGAGCCCCGCCGCCCACAGGGGCCCAACAGUGAACAGCCUGGCCCGGUCCAAGUACUGUUGACAGACAAUCAGGAAGAGGUCUGGGAGACCAAUCAGGAUUCUGUGCUUGGCUCACCCUCUCCUCAACACAUGAAAUCACCCUCCUCUUGUACAAACACCCCAUCUCAGCCUUCUAGCCACCAGUCGCUCAAUCCCCGGCUUGCCUCUUCUCAGCCACAGCCCCAAGAGCGUGAUGAACACAACAGUUGGACCACCCAAAAUGAGGACGAAUGGGGUGGCAUCAGAUUAUCAGAUGUUCUCCAAGCAUCAGGCAUUCGGAUCAUGCCCAUACGCAAACACCUUGCCAUAUCCCUGCCCUCUUUGCCCCUUGACUUCUGGGGUGUAUUGGGAGAGGACGAAGAGGUCUCCAGCUGUCAGCACCCUCAAUCUCCAAAUCCUCCUUUGUGGCAGGGCACUGCAGAUAGUCCAGACCAGAUACCCCAAUCCAAAAAUCCCAGUCCACCACCCACUCCUGUUGAGGGGAAAGGGCCAGUGCUCCGAAGAGCCCCCAUAUGGCAACCCCUAUGUGCAUCUUCCCAGCCCUGCACCAAAUCGACCCCUCCAGUUGCUGCCCGUCAUUGGUCCUCUUGGAGCCUAGACCGUCCUGAUGCUGUUGUCAACCCCUAUAACACACCUCCUGAUCAGAACCAGCAGACAGGACCUGCCCUCUCUCAACGCACACCUGGAAGACACCUUGCUCCUCACAGUCCCAUGAGCACCAGGAAGAAGAACAUCCCUAAGUACUCAAACUUCCAGAGCAUGGAGUUGGAACCCACAGAGGCUGAGGACCAGGAACUCUCUGAAUUGGACUCACUUUACCAGGCUAGUCUGCAGGCUGGCCCGGGUCCUGGCCAAGCCCUGCGUACUACCAGCUCACCUGCUGUUGCGAGACCAGUACCUCCUGCUGCACGAAAGCUGCUCACUGGAGUCGGACGCUCUCGGACCCCCACGGCUGAACUUGAGAGAACCGCUUAUGGACCACCAGGUUGUUGCAGCCCUACUGGAUACAUGAACAUGCCCCUGUCAGUGGCCCAUCAAGAGCCUCAGUCAGGAGAGGAAGAACAAUAUGAUGCGGAUCACCUGCGCCGUAUUGCUCGCAGCCUGAGUGGAACGGUCAUUGGCCGUCGCCAUAACCGUCUUGCCGUCUCCCGAAGCUUUGUGGCAAUGGUGCAGGAUGUUCGACAUCCUUUCCCCACAGUGGAUGUUCCAGACCACGCUCACUACACCAUCGGCUCUGUCAUUCUGGCAGUGGGCAUCACCGGCAUGGUGGGAAACUUCUUGGUCAUGUAUGCCUUCUGCAAGAGCAGGAGUCUGAGAACACCAGCCAACAUGUUCAUCAUAAAUCUAGCUGUCACUGACUUUCUGAUGUGUGUCACUCAGACGCCAAUCUUCUUCACCACCAGUUUGCACAAGCGAUGGAUCUUUGGGGAAAAAGGUUGUGAAUUAUAUGCAUUCUGCGGCGCUCUGUUUGGUAUCUGCUCAAUGAUCACACUCACGAUUAUUGCAGUAGAUCGAUACUUUGUGAUCACUCGUCCUUUGGCAUCUAUUGGCGUUAUGUCCCGCAAACGAGCCCUGUUAAUACUCUCUGCUGCUUGGGUGUACUCUAUGGGCUGGAGCCUGCCUCCAUUCUUUGGAUGGAGUGCGUAUGUCCCUGAAGGUCUGCUGACAUCCUGUUCAUGGGAUUACAUGACUUUCAGUCCUUCUGUACGAGCCUACACAAUGCUGCUCUUUACUUUCGUUUUCUUCAUCCCACUUUUUGUCAUCAUGUAUUGCUACUUCUUCAUCUUCAGGGCCAUCCGAGAUACCAACAGAGCUGUGGGAAAAAUCAAUGGAGAAGGAGGACCCAGAGACUCUAUCAAGAAGAUGCAUCGAAUGAAAAAUGAAUGGAAGAUGGCAAAGAUAGCACUCAUAGUGAUCCUUUUGUAUGUCAUCUCCUGGUCUCCGUACUCCUGUGUGGCUCUUACUGCUUUUGCUGGCUACGCUGACAUGCUCACACCCUACAUGAACUCUGUGCCUGCUGUGAUUGCCAAAGCAUCUGCCAUCCAUAACCCAAUCAUCUAUGCCAUCACUCACCCCAAAUACAGGUCUGCCAUUGCAAAGUAUAUACCAUGUCUGGGAGUCCUGCUGUGUGUGCCUCAUAGAGACCGAUUCAGCAGCAGUAGCUUUAUGUCCACACGACGCUCUACUUUGACAAGCCAGUCCUCAGAGACCAGCAACAUGCACCGUGCCGGAAAGACACGCUUGUCCUCUGUGUCUGACAGCGAGUCGGGCUGGACAGAUACAGAGGCAGAUCUCACCAGCGUGAGUUCACGCUCUGCUAGUCGUCAGGUCUCAUCUGACAUCCGUAAAGAUUUGUCAGACUUCAAGCACACCAGCUCUCUGAGGCUGAAUGUCAAGAGCAGAGACUCGGGUAUCUUUGACAGAACCUCGGCCCAGAGUCUAGCUGAGCCAAUCUUGAACCGGACCUGUACAUACAUCAGCACGGUGGGCGACAAAGAUGAGAUCUCCAUGGCUGAGGUCAGCCUGUCCAGUUGUCUCUCGUCCUCUGCAAAUAGAGUCUCAGAGAACUUGGAUGAGAAAAGACUGUUGGCUCGGAUCCCUUCCAUCAUUGUGACGUCAGAGUCCAGUCCUGCCCUCCUCUCAGAGGGGCGCAGCAGUGGCCCAUCCAGACAGCUCCCAGGUGCUCCGGUGGAGGCAGCCUCUGUCACUGCGGAAGCUGCUGGGAUUGACUGAAUACUUGCUGCACUACUACUUAUUUAUACUUCAGGACACCAUCUUAACAGACUCUUGGUCAUUGGAAUUAUCCCUUCCUCCUUUUUGUCUCCUUUACACAGGGCUCAAAAAUGAACCUGCAUGCAGUUACAGCUGACACCUGAAAUUUGGCUGUGUUGUAUUUGUUGUACUUUUGCCUGUUUUGAGGUGAAAAAUGGGCAACCACAGGCUACGGGGGUAAACAGGGUCUUUAUUUUUGAAAGAGGAUCCCCUUUAAGGCUUCUUUCAGUGGUGUGAAGAUAAUCAUCUCCUCUCAGGGAAGAAUAUGACAGUUCUGUGGGAAAAGCAGCGAUCAGUGUCUCAGUUAUGGAUUGACGCUGCUCAGAAUAUGUAUUUAGAUACAUCCAUCUCUUCUUCAUCCAUUAAAAAGUCGUGCUGCAGGCCAUAGGAAUAAACAGUUCCCUGCGUCUGCAGAAGAUCAAAAAUAACACAAUGUGACGAGAACUUUCAAACACCUAUUUUUUACAUGCCAGAAAUUAAAUUCAAUGAAGGGUAGAGCCUUGUCUACAGGUGUAAUCACUCUAGGACAGAAACAUGGAUAUUUUAAUGUUUCUAUAAAGGUAAUGUGUGUAAUUGUUUAUGUAUAUACUGUAUGUAAAAGUGUUUUAAUUAUAAUGGCUGAUAUAGAUAAAUGUUUGAUGCUUUCUAAUACUACUUCAUUGAAAUAUAUUAAAAACAAAACAAUAAAAAGCUAAAAUCAAUCAGUCAUUCAGAAUGAAUAAAGUGAAUUUAGGCAUCAUAACAUUAUAAUGUACUGUCUAAAAAUAUAUAUAUUAAUUUUCAGAUUUGAUAAAGAUUACAAUUAUCAAUACUUUUAACAAAUUUACUUUAUCUUCGCUGUUAAACACUUCAGCUUUGAGUUUUAGGUAUUCCCACCAACAUCAUAAUAAAAACAAGCACUUUGAUAACCAAUUAUUCUUGCUGCUGAUUGAAUACAUUUGUAGAUUUUUUUUCCAGCACUGUAUGGCCAAUGCAUAUUGUUGUAUAUAUAUUAUUGAAUGUUAAUGAGAAAGCGCGCUCAACAAAUGAUCUUGACUGUAUGAUUUCUCAUGUUUCUGUAUCCACAUGUGAAUAUUCAUAGUUGUGAUUGUCUGCAUGCUUUCUUAUUAAUAUAAAAUUGGCUCCUCACUGAUCCUCACUUUCAAUGCAGUCUACAGUAACCCAUAUUAUUGUGAAAAAUUGUCUUCUAAAUUCUGGUCUCAGAGCCCAUGGCUUUAAUGAACUGUACCUUUCAGAUGCAGAUUUGCCUUUCUGCUGGAUUUCAGAGAUGCUUUAGUGGGAUUAUUAUGCCAGCAUCUGGGAGUCCCUAGGGUUUAGAGGAAAAACACUUUUAACAAGAUUAGUUUUGGGAAAGUGCUCAGUCAAAACACUCCAUUGCUUUUAAAGGCUGCUGUUUUGUCAAAGUUACAUACACAAUCUCAGAUAAUGGUCUUUGACGCGGUUCAAAUGCACUGUCACUCUCUCUAUCUCUCCUGAGAGAUACGGUUACCUUUUAAUUUUGAUGGUAAGUGUUCUUCAUAGACGAGUUUAUGAUUUGACGAGGUUGGUUUGCAUAUUUACUGAUGUUGCCAGAAUGUUCACCUGAUAAGCAACUCUUCAUUUAGCGGUGACACACGUUUAGCAGUGAACACAUUCUGUAUAUCCAGUCACUCACAGUUAUCAUGUAGGUCAAUAGUGUGUCUGCUGACUUGCGUGUGAUUUGUUGUCUGGACGCCGUCGGGUGACAUAAUCAAGUGUUAUAAAUGAUAAGUUAUCUUAUCAGCUAAAGCCACCAGGUCAUACAUAUUAUUUGUGAGAACAUUAUCAUGUCUUCACUGCCCUUCCCUUUCCUGUUCUAUUGACUCUAGUUCUAAUGUUCACCCCUUAUUAUAUUAAUAGUUGCAUUGUAAAAUUCAUAAUGUUAAUUGAUUUACUGUUUAUAAAUGCACUUGCAAAUUAAGGCAGACUUCAUUUCUCAAUACCCGUAAAACUGCAUUUGUAUAAUUUUUAAUUAAAGCAGCUGUACAUACUUUUUUUCUUUCCAAACUCUCCUGAACAUCUGUUCUGAGAUUAUGUAAUUUGGUACAAAUUCUGUGAAAAGGUUGGUCCCAGUUUACAAAAAUAUGUUUCUAAGAACAUUCUGUUAUUGUCAUUAUUGAAAGAAAAUGUCAUUUCUAGAUGUUCUUUGAAUGUUCAAAACGUCUGAUUUAUUUUAUAAUUUUGCAAACAUUAUUGGAGCGCUAUUUUUAAAAGUACCUGAAUGUUCUGUACAAGUAGCAACAUUAAAAAUAUAUAAAAUAAAUAAUAAUAAUAUAUUUUGAGAGCAUUGAAGACCAGAUGAAACUCUAAACAAACAUUCUGUUACUGGAAGACUGCUUGUUGAUCUACUUUGAGAGAACCUUGACAGAAUGUUAGCCAAAAUUGUGAGAAUGUUCCUUAUGUCAGAAACAAAUGCUUUUGUACAACUAUAGUGUAAUUACAUUAUAUAUGUAUUAGUUAUAUAUUUAGGCAAUGGAUUCCACUCACUUAAAUGUAGGGGGCUCUAAAGUCACAAAAAUACACAAAACUGCUUACAGUUGCUUUAAACAAUGGAUAUUUAGUUGGUUUUCCACUUAUAAUUGUCCUAGAAAAUUGUCCUGUGGCUUCAUGAUUCUUGCAUAUUAAUUCAAACCAUUUGUGACGAGUAAACCAGAGUGUGUAUGAUGCUUCCACAGUGCAAACCACAGCAAUCAAUUCAUACAGUCCUCACCUCAGCAGCUUCUCUAACAUGGAAAGGGACUGGAAACAUGUAGGCUUGUGAAUGUUUCUUAGUCAAGAGGUCCAGAUUAGAUGUAACGUGUGACUGUUAGGCAGAGGUGCUGAUGGCUGCUAUCUGGCAAUUUGCACUGCAGGACUGAAGCCUUUUGUUAAUAUUCAUCCAUUUCAUCACCAAAAAUAAAUAAAAAGAAAGUAAAAAAGCUAUUUCCCCCUCAUAAACUACUUCCCAAUGGUCUGGAAAAGCCUUGAGCAGCCUAUAACUAUGUAUGUAAGCAGUUGGUGGAAAGUGGCUCUGCAUUUAUAUAAGAUUCACUCUGACUCUUACAAUGAGCUCUGAAUAAGGUCACAGGCCCCUGGAGAUAGGAUUAAAGAGUCAACAACUCUAUUCCACUGACUUUUUUCUUCUUUUUUUCAAUUUAUAAUACAGUAUAUAUAGCCUGGACUCUCUGACCUAAAUUAGAGAUGAUCUGAGUAUCUCUGCUGACCUUAUGUUGGGGCCGCUGCAAAACCAUAUUUUAUAGUCCUACUUUGGUAUUUUGUAUUUAUAUUUCUUUACUUAUUGUUUCUCCUAAUCUGUAAUUUUUGUGUGGUGCUACUGAGUUUUCGUCACGGCUGUUCUUCAUGCACAUUUUGGAUGACCGAGAGCAUACAAAUCUUAAUCCAUCUCGCAAUGUGUGUGUGAGAUUUUGCUUUAAUUUAUUGGAUGAUGUAUUUCAGUGAUUUAUAAUGUUAAUAAACAUAAAAUUCUAA